GAGGAGGCAUCUGCCAGUCAAGCUGCCAGCAAGAAGGAGACUCGCAUGGAGUCAUCAGGCAAGAACAAGUCGUAUGAUGUGCGCAUCGAGAACUUUGACGUGUCCUUCGGUGAGCGUGUCCUGCUGGCAGGAGCAGACCUGAACCUGGCGUUUGGACGGCGCUACGGGCUGGUGGGCAGGAACGGGCUGGGGAAGACCACGCUGCUGAAGAUGAUCGCCAGCCGGAGCCUGCGCAUCCCCUUGCACAUCAGCAUCCUCCACGUGGAGCAGGAGGUGGCAGGGGAUGAGACGCCGGCGCUGCAGAGUGUGCUGGAGUGUGACACCACUCGUGAGAGCCUGCUGCGGGAGGAGAGGGAUCUGACGGCUAAGAUUAACGCUGGCAGGGGAGAUGUUGCCGCUGGGGGAGAAGGGACGGAAGGUGCCAGGCUAUCGGAGAUCUACGCAAAGCUGGAGGAGAUUGAGGCAGACAAGGCCCCGGCGAGGGCAUCUGUCAUUCUCGCUGGGCUGGGCUUUAAUGCAAAGAUGCAACAACAGACAACCAAAGAGUUUUCCGGAGGCUGGAGAAUGAGACUGGCCUUAGCCAGAGCCCUGUUCGCCAGGCCAGAUCUCCUGCUGCUGGACGAGCCAACGAACCUGCUGGACGUGAGGGCCAUUUUAUGGCUUGAGACCUACCUGCAGACCUGGCAGUCGACCAUCCUCGUGGUGUCCCACGACAGGAACUUCCUGAACGCAGUGGCUACGGACAUCAUCCAUCUGCACUCGCAGCGGCUGGACACGUACCGUGGGGACUUUGAGAACUUCAUGAAGAUCAAGGAGGAACGGCUGAAGAACCAGCAGCGAGAGUACGAAGCCCAGCAGCAGUACCGUGAGCACAUCCAGGUUUUCAUCGACCGCUUUCGCUACAAUGCCAACCGGGCAUCCCAAGUGCAGAGCAAGCUCAAGCUGUUGGAGAAGCUGCCAGAGCUGAAACCUGUGGACAAGGAGUCUGAGGUGAUCAUGAAGUUCCCUGAUGGCUUUGAGAAGUUCUCCCCCCCAAUCCUGCAGCUAGACGAAGUAGACUUCUAUUAUGACCCAAGUCACUACAUCUUCCGUUCCCUCUCCGUCUCUGCCGACCUGGAGUCCCGCAUCUGCGUGGUUGGGGAGAAUGGAGCUGGCAAGUCGACCAUGCUAAAGAUCUUAAUGGGGGAGCUGGCACCAGUCAGAGGGAUCAGACAUGCUCACAGGAACCUAAAGAUCGGUUAUUUCAGCCAGCACCAUGUGGAUCAACUGGACUUGAACAUCAGUGCUGUGGAGUUGCUGGCAAGAAAGUUCCCAGGGAAGACGGAGGAGGAGUACCGGCAUCAGCUGGGGAGCUACGGCGUGUCCGGGGAGCUGGCUGUGCGUCCCGUGGCCAGCUUGUCUGGAGGUCAGAAGAGUCGCGUGGCCUUUGCCCAGAUGACUAUGUCCUGUCCAAACUUCUACAUCCUGGAUGAGCCGACAAAUCACCUGGACAUGGAGACCAUUGAGGCACUGGCAAAGGCACUGAAUAAGUUCCGGGGUGGUAUCAUUCUGGUGUCCCACGACGAGCGCUUCAUCCGCCUGGUGUGCCAGGAGCUGUGGGUGUGUGAAAACGCCACCGUGACCCGCAUCGAGGGUGGCUUUGAGCAGUACAGAGACAUCCUGAAGGAGCAGUUCCGGAAGGAGGGUUUCCUAUAA